GGAUUCGCGGGCCACAUAAAAUGACGUGGCGGGCCGGAUUCUGCCCGCGGGCCUUGAGUUUGAGACCCCUGCUCUACUCCCUCACAGAACAUCCUGCUUCUUCGAGGAGUCUGAAAAGGUCUUCUGGUAAUAACUAACUCCUAUUAAAUCUUGAAAAAGUUAUCGUAUUGCUUCUCAGUAGUGGCAGUAAUAAUUAGUCACGUUUCUUGUUAUUAACGCUACUCCAUUGUAGAUUUGCCACGGUCCUCUUCCUCACUUCUUCCUCACUUCUUCCUUCUUUCGUGUUUUAACGUUGAUCCACUUUCUCUUCCGCACACGAAGGAUUGACUUUUGAAAACUGUUUGAGCCAGUGUUAUUAGUAGAGACAUUACCGAGUACAAUAUCGUACAUUAGUGACCUGUUGGUGUCAUCCGGACAAACAGAUACAUAUAUACACUGAUUGAGCCCACUUUUAGUGUUUUUAGUUUUCAAUUUGUUUUGUUUUAAUGUAACAAUGCUGUACAUGUCGUUUAAAGUGAAUGUUUAGAUUUGACGUCACUGUAUUUCUUUCGAGUUGAACACUUCUUUUGUCUUCUAUUUGUCUCUGUAGAAUUGCUUUUCGUUGUUUUUCUUUUCUUAUUUAUGUUGUUAAUGAAGGGAGGAUAUUGAUAUCCAAAGUCUUAUUUGUUUUAUGUGGCAGCAGUUUUGUAGAUGAAAUGAUCCUCAUAGCAACUGAAGAGCAGUUUACAACAAGCCGACUCAUUACGUAGAGUUUCAUUUUCCAGAAUAACACUCACUUUCUUCUUUUGUAGCUUAUCUUUAUUUGUCGCACACAAGUAGCACUCCAGCUCUGCUAAAGUAGGAAAUACAGCAACUUUGUGGUUGUUUGUGUCAACAGUUGGAUUUUUGUUGUGAUUGAACCAACCAGGCUAAUUUAUUCAAUAUAUUUUCUUCGAUUCCUCAAACACUUAGUUCAUUAUGUAUUUAUACAUAUCAUGAGACGGUGCAAUAUGAGUUAAAUAAUUCUCUCCACUUCUCGUCCAAACGUCCAAUCGCAAAUGUCAAAGGUUUCAGGGAAAGGUUUUUAAUUAGCUGCGUUUGAAGCCAAAAGAAUAAGGCUAAGAGUUAACACAAUAGUUAUUGUGCCAGCUAAGGUAAACGCAGUUCAAAACAGGCUGCUUAAGUCAGACUUUUAUUCUUUCUUCUAGUAUUUAAGUUUGAAAUUCAGCUAAAAAGAUGUUUUAGGAACCUUUUUAAAGAGUUUUAAUGAAACUUGAAGAUGCUCCUUUUAAAUCAGAUUUCUCUUGAUUAGUUGUGCGUUUCAUAUCAUGUGUCCACUGAAAUGCCACAUUGUUAAAGUCACUUCUUUCCUUUUUUUGUAAUUGUUCCUCUAUUGACCAAACAUGCAACAGUGUCUGAGUGAAUGCACGGGGACGCCUGAAAUACAUAAACCUGGAGUCUAGAAACUUCUCGCUAAAACAAUGAGAAAAUACAUAACAAGAACUGAUUUAAGUGAAUACAGCGACCAGAUGAUAUCGAAGCAUUAUUUUAUUUAUUUUAUUUUUCUUAUGUUUUUAUUAAUCUAUUAACAAUUAGCUUUCUUGUCGAGGGGAUGUAUAGAAUUUUAGAUGUGAACUAUUUUGACAAUGACGUGGCAAAGUGACAGACCUGCUGUAUAUACACGCAGUGGCACAGUGCAUAGAGACGUAGAGGUUUUCUGUUCUUAGCAUGGACUCAUGUUUGCGUCUGUCAGGCAGAUGUGUGGGAACAUGAAGUAUAUGAUACACUGUUGUAAAAUAAAUGUUUCUGUUGCUUCAGAGCUUCUUUUCUCACUGUGUCUUUGAUUUAAUAAUGGGAAAUACUUUUGUAUUAUCAUGAAAUGUUUGAAUCUGCAAUUACUUUAUUUCAUGAAAUGUAUUGUUGAAUGUUAUCAGCAUAGAUAACUAUUAUAAUUAUAAUUAAUGGUGAUUGUCUACUGUAAUCACACAGAGGAAGCAUGUAUAAGAAGAAAAGAAGUGAGCAGAGAUAACUGCCCCGCAAGGCAUAUUAUAGGAUCAAGUGAAGUCUCUCAAUUUUCAUCUGUAGAAAGUCACAAUAAUCAUAUUGUGAAAUAAAUUGAUGUGAUAAGUGCUUCCAAAUAAAGUAAACAAUUAAAACUAAAUAAUUAUUAUUUUCUAUAAGGAACAUUUAACUGGUUAUGAAACCUCUAAGACCUACAAAAGUAUAGGAGCCCAUCAACGGGAAUAUUUUAAUACCUGUGAACUGAUUUACGGCACGCAGGUUCACCAGAAACUCCUUCAGCUCACACUCCAGCAGGGCCUCCGGUAGAGACAGAACCAGAUCCGGUCUCGGUGCCACCUUCGACUUUUAGUUGGAGCUCCGGCACGAGGACAAGAGCUCCAGGCCCAGUAGCAGUCGCUGCCGGGAGCAGAGCUUCGCCUCGCUGCUCCACUGGGAACCAACAACAACACCAACAACACCACCAUGAUGCUGGAAGUCACGAGAGAAUCCGGACCAAGCGGUGCCAGACAGUCAGACCCUGCUGAAGUAAAAAGAGAGAGGCACUGGGCUGAAACCUGACUCCCCCCAACUCAAAUCAGUCCUCUCACACUGACUGGCACAUUGCUGUGGAUGGUGAGGAAGCUGCAAACAAACAAUCACAGCAGUCGCUACUUGUGGGGAUAGAAAGAGGAAUGGAGUGAGUGUUGGACGAGCGAGAGAGAGGUUGUGUGAGGAAGAGGAGGACGAGCAAGGAAGAGGUCGAAGGUGAAAAGAUAGAGAGACUCCCUAUCCAUGACCAGGCAGAUUUUGCGUCAGCGUUCGGUGUCACAGGAGCUGAACAGGAGAGAUCACAAACUGACUGCUGCUUAAUUUCUCUCCUCGGAUUAAGAUACUUUUCUUGACCUCAGCUUUCAAAUAUGUUUUUUGUGUGACAACAUCUGUGAUUUUUCUGACUAUAACUGGACAUGAAAAGUUUCACCAAGGCAACGAAAGCCUGACUGAACUCAAACUGUCUGAGUGAGUGAGUUGGGGGUUUCCAGAAACUGAGACAGACAACGUUGCCCUCUGUGGUUUGUACGAGCAGCAGCUUCAUGCAAAACUUACCCAACAUCGGAGUUUCAAUUAAAUGAAACUGUAUACUGGGCUCUCUGAGCAUGUAAACAUCCAAAACAUAUUGACAAAAUACUUGCCCUGAAGACCUGCAAGGAGAUAAAGUUCAGGCUUCUUGCUCGUCCUGCAGGACUCUUUCUGUUUGCUCACAGUAGGAUCUCAACUCUGCUGUGAUUUUGAAUACUAUAACAGAGAAUUUCAUUGAGACACAAAUACAUCUCAAACAAAUGAUUAUGUGAUUGACUCUUAAGACAAGCAGAAAGGCCAGACACCGGAGGAGAAGGAGGAACGCCAACUGCCUCCAACUUUCUAAUGACAAAGAGAAACUAACUGUCAACAGCCCGAACACAGCGACCGUCAUCAGAUGGAGAGGAAGGAGGAGGUGAAGUUCGGCGGAGCAGCCAUGUCUCUGCCGGCGGAGCUGAGCUGCCUGCAGGGCAGCGGGGGAGCAGAGGGUGAGGCGGUGCUGGCAACGUUGGAGAAACAGCUGAUCUGUCCCAUCUGUCUGGAGCUCUUCAGCAAACCGGUGGUCAUCCUGCCCUGCCAGCACAACCUCUGCAGGAAGUGUGCCAAUGAGCUGUACCAGCCCUCUUUGUUCCAGGCUCGUACCACCAUGCAGGUGAACAGUGGCCGUUUCCACUGUCCGUCCUGCAGACAUGAAGUUGUGCUGGAUCGCCACGGAGUCUACAGCCUGCAACGAAACCUGCUGGUGGAGAACAUCAUCGAUGUCUACAAACAGCAAGUCAGCAACAACAGCAAAGCUGCAAGCCCCCUCCCUCCUCCUCCACGUCCUCAUCCUCCACUUCCUGGUCAGGUGACAUGUUCGGACCAUGAGGGUGAGAAGGUGAACAUUUACUGUCUCACCUGUCAGGUUCCUACAUGUUCUCUCUGCAAAGUGUUCGGAGCUCAUCAGUCCUGUCAGGUGGCUCCUCUGACAGACAUCUAUCAGCAGAAGAAGGAUGAGCUGAGUGAAGGAGUCAGUUCUUUGGUGGCAGUCAACGACAAAGUCCAGGCAUUGAUCAAUGAGCUGGAGGAGACUUGCAAAAACAUAGAGGAGAACUGUAAGACUCAGAAACAAAGUGUGUGUGAGAAGUUCAAUCGUGUGUUUUCGAUCCUGAAGGAGAGACAAAAGGUGAUGACGCAGCGUAUCAGCUCUGAGCAGGAAGAGAAGAUAGGCCACGCCCAGGCGUCGGUGCGAUGCUAUGGAGACAGCGUGGAAGCCAACAGCAAACUGGUGGAGAGAGCAGUGAGCAGCAUGGAGGAGCCGGACAUGGCUGCUUUUGUUCAGAAUUCAAGAGAGCUGAUCACAAAAGUGAUAACAGCGACCGGCUCCUGUCCAGCUGAGACACCGAAACCAGGUUAUGAGAGUUUGAGCCACUACAGAUUCAACUUCAGCAAAGAAGAGACGGCUCUGAAGAGCAUAGACUUCCUCAAAGUUGUGCAAAAUGUUCCUGAAGAACCAGAGGUGGAAAAGGAGCCUGAAGAACUAAAAGAGCCCUCUGUCCAGAUCGUAGAACCAAAACACCAUCAGGAAAUCUCCCCACAGAACCCAGAAUCUGUUAAAGAGCUAAUCCCAACACUGACAUCCCCACCAGUGAAACCAGCUGCACCAACAUCAGCCCCAGUCCCACCAGUGAAACCAGCUGCACCAACAUCAGUCCCAGUCCCACCAGUGAAACCAGCUGCACCAACAUCAGCCCCAGUCCCACCAGUGAAACCAGCUGCACCAACAUCAGCCCCAGUCCCACCAGCUGCACCAACAUCAGCCCCAGUCCCACCAGUGAAACCAGCUGCACCAACAUCAGCCCCAGUCCCACCAGCUCCAGGUCUGGUGAGGGACUCUGUGGAGCCGGCAGGGGCGGUUCUGCAGCCGGAGACCGAGGACCCGGACUUACAUGACAGAGAAUCUGGUCUUAUGAAGAACAAAACAGCGGAGAGAAACGAGCCAGCAGAGCGAUGUGCAGCUCCUGAUCCUGUUAAAGAGGGAAACGUCUGUGAAGAGCAGGAGGGAAUGAGCACACAACAGGCUGUCAUUCUGCUCUUCUACCUGUUGGCCUUCCUGGUCUUCCUGCAGAAGGUGUGGGCUUACAUCGGCUGCUUCAUUUGCACAUAACACCAGCGGGAGACACAGCCAUCCUCACUGCUGCACAGCUCAGAUGGAGACUGAGACAAGGAGUCCUGCUCAGACAAGUCCUCCUCAUUCCUCGUCUUCCUCGUCUUUUAAACUUAGCGAAGCUCCUCGUCGACCCAGGUACUGCUUCUCCUGGCUAAACUCCCCCCACAAGUGGAAGUAGAGGACAGAGAGAAGCGUUUCGGAGAUGAUGCUUUGCUGACGAGAUAAAGAAAGAAAGAUUCACUCCAGAGUCAGUUUCAUCAGCUCAGUAUUGUAACAGCUUUUGUUGUGGUACAGCUAGUAGGCAGUGAUGGAAUGUAACUAAGUACAUUAACUCAAGUACUUUACUUUAGUACAAUUUUGACUUACUUGUACUUUACUUGAGUACUUCCAUUUUAUAAUACUUCAUACUUCUACACCAGUCAGAAGUAAAUGUUGUACUUUUUAUUCCACUACAUUUAUCUGACAGUUUUGUUACUAGCUACUCUUUACAUAAAAACAUUUCAAAUGGUGUAGUACUAUACUACUAAUAGUAUACAAAGUAUCUAAAUGUGUCUCCAUGUGGAAGAACCAAAACAUAAAAUGCUCCUACAUGUAUUCACAAGUGAUUCAAAUAUAAUAAUCUCGUAUAAUAUAACACUGUGAAAGGAGCCAUUCUGCAUAAUGAGUAUUCUUUUGAUACUUGAAAUAUAUUUUUCUGAUAAUACUUGUGUAAUUUUACUGAGGUAACAUUCGGAAUGCAGGACUUUUACUUGUAAUGGAGAAUUAUUAGUUUGUGGUAUUAAUACUUUUAUUCAAGAGAAGGAUCUGAGUACUUUUUCCAUCACAGCUAUGAGUAGCAGUUGUAUUAAUUGGGAAAAUAUGACCUGUUUUUGCAAAUGAAGAAGCACUAGUAGUAUUAUUAGCCCAGAUAGUUGCAGUAGAAGAGGAAGUGUGACUUUUAGUAGCUAUAGCAGCCAGAACUAGUCCUAUAGCAGGAUGUUCACUCUAUCAGUCUGUUACUGUACAGCCUCAGGAUAUGAACACAAAUGAUGCAAUACCUUUUACUGCAUUUUAGUAUUCUAUCUAAUGAAACAGUUGAACUCUUAAAUAUUUAAAGUCUCAUGCUGUGGCAGAUUUUGGUAACUUGAGAGGUUUUCACAGCAUUUUACAGGUGAUAUAAGUAGUUGUAGCAGUUGUUAACCAGUUUGAGCCACACUCAUGUGAUUCAAUGUGGUUUGGUAUCAAAAACAUUUAUGAUUGUUUUAUGCAGCUGCAGUGGCGUUUUAUGUGUUAGUGAGUGUGUCUGAGCACUUUGUUUUUGAGUGUUUUGUGUAUG